AUGGCGCUCAACACAUCCCCCCGCAAGGUUAUACCGCUCUCCACUGGUGAAGAGACGCGUUCCCGUUGCGAGUCGUUGGCCCCCGGCUUUACCAAGCGCGUGUUUUUCUAUAUUCAAGACCUUGUGCUCUCCUUCGGCGCCACAGUGGCUUCCGGUGCAGAUCUAGCGUCUGUGUCUGAACUUAAUCCAGACAACUCAGAACGUCCGGCACAGAGGAAACGAGCACUAACCAACACUUCCGCACUGACUUCCAGCAUCAACGAGCUGGUGGAGACAGAACGCUCAUAUGUGAAGCGACUUCGGUCUCUGAAAUACGACUAUGCGGACCCCCUUCGCAAUUUCGCUCGAACCAAGAGCACUGCAAUCAUCCCUCCUUACGAGGCAAAGACACUCUUCGGCAACGUCGACAACCUGCUUCCCGUCAAUGAAGCGUUCUUGACAGACCUAGAGAAGAUGCUCGGGCCCAACGGCGAAAGGAUGGUUGGCGGUGUCGGGGACGUUGCGCUCCGUCAUUUCAAGGAGUUGCGAGGGUUUGAACAGUACAAGCAGUACUACGUCAAACGUGAGGAGGCGCAGCGGAUCUUUGAACACGAGAUGAACAGAAAGUCGUCACCGUUUGCCGCUUAUAUCGAUCGUAUCAAAUAUCAAGCCUCAGAGUCCAGAAACCGCGUUGGCCUCCGUGAACUCCUCAUUAACCCGGUCCAACGAAUACCUCAAUAUACGCUGAUGUUCCGGACCAUGAUGAAGCAUAUGGCUUCAGAUGACCCACAACGCGCUAAACUCCUCGAAGCAGACGAACUCGCCAGCAAGAUUGCUUUAGCUGAGCUCGACGAAGAAACCAAACGUGCCGCAAUUUUCCACUGCCUCGGUGCAGCUAUCGACGGGUUUCCCGCUGACCUACGUUCAAGCUCGAGGCGAUUCGUAGACUGCAUCGACGUCGAGGACAUUAUUUCCGAAGCUCCCUCGUCAUCUUCAGCCUCGGUCAACAGUGCAUCCUCGUAUUCCCUCAAUUGUACUCUUUUCUUGUUCGAUGAUAAACUCGUCAUCGUCAAGAGGCCCGGAAAUAGCGACAAAAGCGGACGCGUGCUCGCAGGUUUGGACGAACUGGACAAGUUGACCAAGGGAGCCGGAAUUCAUCUCAAGAAGAAGACUGGGAUGUCCUUCAAAGGUGUUGUUGAUGUCACUGAGGUCGUCGCAACCGACAUAGGUGGUUCAGAUUUGAAUGUUUACCUGGAGAAUCCUCCUUCCAUGGAUGAGAAGGACCGCGAGCGCUGGACAGGACGGCCGUUCCGCUCCUAUACUGUUGUGCAAUCAGGCAGUUUUAGCUCUAGCCAAGCUGAGACGGACAAGCAGCGCUUCCUGGAAAACUUGUGGAAGGUCCAAGCAACAUAUCGUGCUCGAGCCGGGCAGUCUGUUGUGCUUCGUGCAGAUGAGAUGGAAGUGGAGUCUAAGGGAAGCCGAGUCACUGUUGCUCGCACAUACUAUAACGUGUACCAACGAACAGCGUUUCUUCAGGAACCGAAGAAGACCAAAAUCGUUGUCCACAUCGAUGCACAUGGUUCUGCAGACAAGAUUCCUUUUGGUAUGGGGAGCCCACCGUUUGGCGUCAUUCGUCUCCAACCCUUGGCUGGUGGUUUGUGUCGUUAUAAAGUCACAUCAAGCGACCCAAGUGAUCCCGGAGAGGAAGACAUUGUCCAGACUGCCCGUGUCCCGGCCCGCAUCGUGCUAACCAUCCAUCAGUUUGGUUUAUUCGAGUUCCGCACUGGCCGAAACUCCCUGCCGGCGACUCCCACCUCUCGCUCCAAAGGCGCCAUGUUCAGUUUAGAUGCCAUUUCGAAAAAUCUCUUCAAUGCCAGGCCUGGCUCGGCUAUGGGUGAUUUCUUUGGAGGGACUGUCAGCAGUCACCGACGGACCAAGUCUUCUGUUAGUCGGUCAUCGACUUACAGCCAGACGACAGCAUCUGGAAGUCUGACAAGGUUUUCACGAAGGUCGAAUUCGACUGCAACAACCGUGGAUGACGACUCGUGCGGGACGCGAUCUUCUUCACGGUCGCGAAACGUCCUGAGGAAGCUGAGCAGGUCACCCGGCGGAACACCCGAGCCGGAAAGUCGGCCGCCGAGUCGUGCAUUUUCUCGUUCCGGCUCACGGAGCAGCUCGCGGGCAACGUCGCGGGAACGGGACGGCAUGGAUUACAGUGAUGACGAUGACGGCACGAUUCUUGAUCACGUGCGGGAGAUGGACCCCACUGAGCGUGAUCUUGCGUUCCAGCUUGCUUUGGCUCGGAAGAAUAGCCAGAACCAGCAUGGCAGGUCGCUUCCUGCUGUGCCUCUGCAAAAUCCGUCGGAAGAGACGAUUUACGAAGAUGAUCAACCCCCCGCCCCCCUCCUGCGACCUUCCAAAGACGCAACACCACGACCAGAUUCCUCUCACUCCAACCGAAUAGACUCCCCGCCUCGCCAGGGUAGAUCACACUCAAUAGAACGGCGACCCUUAGGUCCUCGAAGUCCGUCUCCGCUUCCACCAGUGAACCCACCAGAGCUGCGGUCCAUGGAUCAAGACCUGGCUAUAGAAAAUACAGGGAAGCUUCAGCGUUCAGCCCCGGUCCGCGCGACUGGUAUCCCACGGAGUAAACGACAACCUUUGUUCCCCGCUGGCAAUAUAGACGCUACUCCGAAACCUUUGGGUGGAACGGGUAGUGCUGGCUUCAUCGAACCACUGUCCAUCAAGAAGAAAACCUCCGUGCAUAGCUCGGAGUCGGUCACGGACAGGAAACCACCUCGAAACUCCCCGUUAUCCAGAGCGAAGACAGUCGAUUCUCCGCGAAGGGUGUCCCCUCAGGUCCGCGCAACACGAGCUAUUUCAAUGCGCAACAGUCCUGCCAAGAGCGAUGGGCCGCAUCGAUUGGUGCAACUCUCGCAAAUGACUAAAGAAGAUGUCGACUCAUCCCACCGUGCUCUCAAACGCAUAAAGCUUGAGAUUGAAACCCUCGCAACUGAUCCACUUCCAGAAGAAAUCAUACGACCGUCGUCACCGAGCAAAGCACUGCGCACUCCCCAGCGCGCUGGUGCGGCACCAAUGACUCAGGCAGCGAUUGACCGAUUGGAAGAAAUGCGGCAACUGAUUGGUCAGAGAAACGACGGAGGAACACCACGUCGUCCACUGAGCAUGGCGGUUGGGACACCCACCCGCAAUACCAACUCGAUCAGGUCAACAGACGAUGUCCGUCGCAAUCUCAGUGUUUUGGCGGGUGAUGCGGAAGGUAACCUGGCACGAGCCGCUUCCAACCAUGAUUCACUACAGAGUGGUAUCCAGCAGCUGGCCGACGACCUAAAGGAUAAAUCAGCCGAAUUGGAGAGAACUCGUCUGGAUCUCCAAAACUCACGACGUCAGUGCGAGCUCGUCAAGAGCUUGCUAGAUGACGCGACUGCGGAGAAGGAGAUCAUGUAUGAGGCCUUCAACGAGGAGUUGGAGGGCAUGUACAAUGACGCAAAUCUCCCGGAUGACGAGGCAUGGGCGUCAAUGUCGGACGAUCUCCGGAAGACCAAAGAGGGGCGGAAUGCCCUGAGUAAAGAAAACUCGCAACUGAAGAGGCGAUUAGCUGAACUUGAGUUACAACAAGAAGAGUGGCGUUCGUUAUUGAAGGCUCACGGCCUCAUCCCCUGA